AUGUCUGACGACCAGGGGCUGGAUGCGAGAGCCUUGGCACGGUACAGCCGGCAGCUCAUUCUGCCAGGGUUUGGUGCACCGGCACAGCGGGCGCUGCAGAAUGCUCGCGUUUUGGUCGUAGGUGCCGGCGGUCUAGGUUGUCCUGCCGUGCAAUAUCUUGCAGCGGCAGGUGUUGGCACUAUUACGGUGGUCGAUGCGGAUCAUGUGGAAGCGAGCAAUUUGUCGCGACAAAUUCUGCACAGUGAUGCAAGGGUAGGUAUGAACAAGGCGCAAUCGAUAGCGCAAGCUAUCUCGACACUCAAUCCUUUUGUGACUGUGCGUGCGGUGGAAGCCCAGUUUGGCCCUGAGAACGCCGUAUCUCUCGUUGAAGCGCAUGAUCUUGUCUUGGACUGUACGGACAAUGUCCUUACACGGUAUUUGAUUUCUGACGCUGGUGUCCUAGCUGACAAGCCCAUCCUUAGCGGCGCGGCGCAAGGGUACGAAGGCCAGCUCAUUACUCUGCAUCAGUCACUGGGUGGUGAGCAGCGAGGUCCCUGCUACCGCUGCCUAUUCCCACAGUCGCCCCGGCCCGAGCAUACACAAAGCUGUGAUGAUGGCGGCAUCCUGGGCUGUGUCACCGGCCUGGUAGGGACCUGGCAAGCGAUGGAGGCUAUCAAAGUUCUCACCGGCCUGGGCGACAAGACGCCCAACAUGCUUUUUUUCACACCGAUGUCGAUACCCCAAGUGCGUUCUGUGCGUGUGCGACCACGCCAAGUGCAUUUGCCAUGGGAUACAAUACGUCGCGAUUCUACCGCUGCCAAGGCCACGAUUAUGGACGCGGCAGACGGCCGCGAUAUCCUCAUGCUAUGCCGCCGCGGCAACGAUUCACGUGAGGCGACUAGGCUGUUGCAGCUCCCUCAUUGCUUUAAUGUCCGUGGUGGGCUACGGAGCUAUGCUACCGUUGAUACAUCAUUCCCGAUGUACUAG